AUGGAAUUAUUGAAGUUUAUAUCCAAUCACAAUGAUGACAUAAAGAAAGUUAUGUUGGGAAAUGCUCUGAAAAACCAUCAAAUGACGGCCUCCAAAAUCCAGAGGCAACUAACUAGUGUCUGUGCUCAUUUGACGACCAAGAAAAUUAUUGCAAAAAUUGUGAGAGAUAAACAACCGUUUUCUUUACUGAUUGAUGAAUCUCAUGAUGUGGCAGUGAAAGAACAAAUGGCUAUUGUUUUUCGCUAUGUGGACAAAAUAAGUUGUGUUAUUGAAUGUUUUAUUGGGAUUGUGCAUAUUAAGAAUACUUCUGCAAAGUCUUUGAAAAUUGCAAUAGAUGUCUUUUUUGUAAAGUAUGGAUUGAGUUUAACAAGUCUAUGGGGCCAAGGUUAUGAUGGAGCAAGCAAUAUGAGGGGUGAGUUCAAUGGUUUGAAGACUUUGAUGUUGAGAGAAAAUAAAUUUGUUUUCUACAUUCAUUGUUUCUCUCAUCAACUCCAAUUGACGCUAGUUAAAGUUAUGGGACGCGGUUUGAAUCAAGAAUGCAUUAUUAAACAACCAGGAGAUACACGUUGGGGUUCACACAUAGGGACAAUUCAUAGUGUCAUAAACUUAUUUUCUUCUGUUGUUGGUGUGCUCAGAGUGAUUGAGAUUGAAGGAGAUGAUUGA